ACCCAGUCUGUCUCUCUCUCUCUCACACACACACACACAGAGUGUGAGUGCAGGAAAAUGGAAAAAGCCAAAAUUUCUGUAAAUCGCUUCAGCUGUCCAGUGUGUCUGGAUCUCAUGAAGGAUCCUGUAACGAUUCCCUGUGGUUGCAGUUUCUGUAAGGUGUGUAUUAAUGACUGCUGGGAUCAGGAGGAUGCGAACGGCGUCUACAGCUGCCCCCAGUGUAAAGAGAUUUUCUCCUCAAGGCCUGUUCUACGCAUGGACGAGCAUUUGGCUAACGCAGUGGAGAAACUGAAGAAGAUUGAACUCCAAGCUGCUUCUUCUGCUCACUGUUACACUGGACCUGGAGAUGUGGAGUGUGAUUACUGCACUGGGAGAAAAUACAAAGCCGUCAAGUCCUGUCUGGUGUGUCAGGCCUCCUUUUGUGAAGAACAUCUUAAACCUCACUAUCUGUCUCCUGCCUUUAAGAAGCACGAGUUAGUUGAAGCCUGUGCAGAGCUCCAAGAGAAGAUCUGCUCUCAGCACAAUAAACUGAUCGAGAUCUUCUGUCGUACUGACCAAAACUUCAUCUGUUACUUGUGUGCAAUUGAGCAGCACAGAGGCCAUGAUACUGUUGGAGCUGAAAAAGAAAGAAAUGAAAAACAGAAUGAGCUAAAGGAGGAGCAGAUGAAAUCCCAGCAGAGGAUCCAGGAGAAGCAGAAGGAGGUGCAGGAGCUGAAACAGACUGUGGACACUAUUAAGAUGCAUUAUCAGGCAGCAGUAGAUGAUAGUGAGAGGAUCUUUACUGAGAUGAUCAGCUCCAUGGUGAAAAAGCGCUCGGAGAUGACGGAGCUGAUCAGAGCUCAGGAGAAAGCUGAACUGAGUCGAGCUGAACGACUCCUGAAGCAACUGGAGCAGGAGAUUGCUGAUCUUCAGAGGAGAGUCACUGAGCUGGAGCAGCUUUCACACACACACGAUCACAUCCACUUCCUCCAGAGUUUCCCGUCUCUCUGUGUUUCUCCUGGAUGUGACGACUCACCCAGCUUCACUGUCAAUCAACAUCUCUCAUUUGAUGGAAUGAGGAAAUCUCUCUCAGAUCUGAAAAAACGAGUCGAGGAAAUCUGUGAGGAGGAAUUCAAUGUAAUCCGUCCACAAGCUGCAGCAGUUCACAUGAUUUUACCCUCAGAACCAAAGAGCAGAGAAGAUUUCCUGCAGUAUUUCUGUUAUCUGACUCUGGAUCCAAACACAGUACAUCCUAACCUCAUUCUGUCUGAGAAGAACAGAGCGGUGAGACGCCGUAAGACACAACAGAGAUACUCUGAUCAUCCAGAGAGAUUUGACUCCUGGUUUCAGGUGUUGUGUAAGGAGAGUGUGUCUGGACGCUGUUACUGGGAGGUGGAGUGGAGGGGUGAAGUGUUCAUAUCAGUCUCAUAUAAAGAUAUCAGCAGGAAAGGACGGGGUUAUGAGUGUGGGUUUGGAUUCAACAGUCAGUCCUGGAAUCUGGUGUGUUCUUCUUCCUCUGUCUGUUUCCGACACAAGAACAUUAAGACUGAUCUCCGAGGUCCAUCACCCUCCAGAAUAGGAGUGUAUGUGGAUCACAGUGCAGGAACUCUGUCCUUCUACAGCGUCUCUGACACGAUGAGGCUCCUCCACAGAGUCCACACCACAUUCACUCAGCCUCUAUACGCUGGGGUCGGGACUGAGUCUGACUCAUCUGUGAGGUUUUGUGAUCCGAUGAAAAAAUGAAAUGUUGGUAAAAGUUGAACUGUUUAGUAAAAUUAUAACUGAGGUGUCAAAUUGAAUUCAUCCCUGAAAUACAAAGACACUUUUGUGUGCAGAAACUGUGGCACUAAUGAAUUAUUUUCAAAGUGCAUCUGUUUUAUAGGGGCGGCACGGUGGUGUAGUGGUUAGCGCUGUCGCCUCACAGCAAGAAGGUCCGGGUUCGAGCCCCGUGGCCGGCGAGGGCCUUUCUGUGUGGAGUUUGCAUGUUCUCCCCGUGUCCGCGUGGGUUUCCUCCAGGUGCUCCGGUUUCCCCCACAGUCCAAAGACAUGCAGGUUAGGUUAACUGGUGACUCUAAAUUGACCGUAGGUGUGAAUGUGAGUGUGAAUGGUUGUCUGUGUCUGUCAGCCCUGUGAUGACCUGGCGACUUGUCCAGGGUGUACCCCGCCUUUCGCCCAUAGUCAGCUGGGAUAGGAUCCAGCUUACCCGCGACCCUAUAGAACAGGAUAAAGCGGCUAGAGAUAAUGAGAUGAGAUGAGAUCUGUUUUAUAGAUUAAUCAUGAAUAAGUUCCAUAAAUAAAUGUCUUAAUGCAGAAUGUAAGAUAUUUCUAGAAAAAAAUAAAUGUUAUCAGACUAUUUUAAAUGUAUGCACUAUUAUGAGAUUUAUUACACUGAUAUGAAAGUUUAGAAUGUCUCAAAUUCUGUUUUUU